AUGGUGUCCACCUACGAGUCUGACCGCGAUGAGGAGCGACCGGCACGGCGCAACAGCCUUACCCAGGAGCCGGUCAACUACAAUCACAUGAGCCACACUGGUUCCUCCCAUGAUCUCCACGGCUACGUCAAGUCCACCAACGGCCCCGUUGAUCACCCCAGCCCUUCUGGCGGUUCCCAGCGUUCAGUCGGAGGUGAGAGCAACGCCUCCGGCUCUUCGGGCCGUAGCAGUGUCUCGGGAGCUUCCGGGUCAUCGCGCCCGACGUCGCGGCAGAGCAUGAACUCGAUCGCGCUGAACGGGCGCAACGAGCCUUGGGCACUGCAGUUUGAGCGCCUGCGCGACCGUCUUGAGGGCGCGCAGAGCCGUGACGAGAAGCUUGCUGCCAUGGGCGCCUUCGUCCAGAGCCUUCCUCCAUUCUACGCUGAGGCGGCCCGCUACAUGGUCGCGAGCGGCAAGCCCGUUAAUGUUGAUUCUCUGUACCACUACUUCCGCAAGCUCGACAAGACUUCUUCCGCCGCCGCUGCUUCGACAAGCCCUAGCUCUUCGCGCCGCUCAAGUUCUACGCCCAGCGACGGUCGCCCCCUCGCGCGCUCGCGCAAGGUCGGCGCUCUGGAGCCCGAGUUUGGCGGUUUCUCGCCUUCUCGUCCGCAGAUCGCCAACCUUCUCGUCGGUGAGCGCGAGCAGCUCGAGAAGCGCGACAAGCACGUCCGCAAGGAUGUGCCCACGUCUGCAUCCCUCCCUGCCACCAAGGGCGAUGCCCUCGAGACUGAUGGCGGCAUCGAGACGACGCCGGCGUAA